CAGCGCGACGCCGUUUCAGAAGCACCGCCAUUUGCCGCUAUUUAUUGGAAGGGAGAGAGGAAAGAGUCUAGAGAGAGAAAGAAACGAGGGAAAAUCAAGAAAGGGCGAAGAACACAACACUCUAUUUUCCACUUCUCUUCUUCGUCUUCAUUGCAGAACCGACGAAGGAGAAACGACUUUACGCACCUACCAAAAAGGCUUCGCCUUUUUCAGUUCCUUCUUUCCCCCGCACUCCUUCCAUUUCCCAUCCCUCAGCCCCCUCAACCUUUUCCAUCGUCCAUUUCCAGAUCCCUCGCUGCUUCUCGAAUUCCCUUCCCUUUCCAGCGCUUCAUCGUCCCCCCGGAAGGGGUUUCGUUAGGGUUUUUUGGUUCUCGGGAGAUGGAGUCGGAUGAAGACAACAUGGUGGACGCCAACGACGUGGAGUCGGUGGAUGGCGACUUCUACAGCGGGGAGUUGGAGGAUGAUUACUACUACAGCGAAGGUGAUGACGAUGGUGGCGGUGAAAAUGGCGGCGGUGACGAUGAGGAUGGUCCCGGGUAUGAUUUCAUGGCUGAGGCUGCUGAUGAUCUCGUCGAGGAUUCGGUAUACUGGCGCCAGCAGCAAAGUUACUCGAUCUUGAAGGAGGAUGACAUAAAGCAACAGCAGGAUGAUGCUAUCACUAGAGUGUCUACCGUCCUUUCCAUACCAAAAGUUGAUGCAACCAUACUUCUUCGUCACUACAACUGGAGUGUUAGUAAGGUGCAUGAUGAGUGGUUUGCAGACGAGGAUGGAGUCCGGAGUACUGUUGGUUUGCUGGAUAGGCCAGCGGUUCAUGUUUCUGAUGUUAGAGAACUCACUUGUGGCAUCUGUUUCGAAUUCUUUCCUCGAAGUAGAAUAGUUUCGGCGGCUUGUGGUCAUCCUUUCUGCAAUUCGUGCUGGUCAGGUUACAUAAACGCCAGUGUCAAUGAUGGCCCUGGAUGCUUGGCACUGAGAUGCCCUGAUCCCAGUUGUCGUGCUGCGGUUGGUUUAGACAUGGUCAAUAUGUUGGCUUCUGAUGAAGAGAAAGAGAAAUAUGCUCGCUACCUUCUUAGAUCAUAUGUUGAAGAUAACAGAAAGACCAAAUGGUGCCCUGCACCUGGGUGCGAAUGUGCUGUUGAUUUUGCUGGGGGUGUUGGAAACUUUGAUGUGUCCUGCCUUUGCUCAUAUAGCUUUUGCUGGAGUUGCACGGAAGAAGCUCAUCGUCCAGUGGAUUGUGGAACUGUUUCGAAGUGGAUUUUGAAGAACAGUGCGGAAUCUGAAAACAUGAACUGGAUAUUAGCCAAUUCCAAGCCUUGUCCCAAGUGCAAGCGACCCAUUGAAAAGAAUCAAGGGUGCAUGCACAUGACAUGUACGCCUCCUUGCAAAUUUGAGUUUUGCUGGCUAUGCCAGGGGUCUUGGUCAGAACAUGGAGAGAGGACUGGUGGUUUUUAUGCUUGUAAUCGCUACGAGGCAGCUAAGCAGGAGGGAGCGUAUGAUGAGGCUGAGAAGAGGCGAGAAAUGGCUAAGAAUUCGUUGGAGCGAUAUACACAUUAUUAUGAAAGAUGGGCAAGCAAUCAAACGUCGAGACAAAAAGCUCUUGCAGAUUUGCAGCAAAUGCAGAAUGUGCAUCUUGCGAAGCUUAGCGACAUACACUGCACACCUGAGUCUCAGCUCAAGUUCAUAACUGAUGCCUGGCUUCAGAUUGUUGAAUGCAGGCGAGUCUUGAAAUGGACUUACGCAUACGGGUUUUAUCUUCCUGAUCAUGAGCAAGGAAAGAGGCAGUUUUUUGAGUAUCUUCAAGGUGAGGCAGAGUCUGGCCUGGAAAGGCUUCAUCAAUGUGCAGAGAAAGAACUGCAGCAGUUCCUCACACCCGAAGCAGAUAGACCAUUGAAGGAGUUUGAGGAGUUCCGGACUAAGCUAGCAGGACUGACCAGUGUGACGAAAAAUUACUUUGAGAACUUGGUAAGAGCAUUGGAGAAUGGGCUGGCAGAUGUGGACUCGAAUGGUUCCAGUAGCCGAGCAGCCGGCUCAAAGGAUACAGGUGGCAGCAAGGGAAGAGCCGGGAGGGGAAAAGCGAAUGUUAAGACGGAUAAAUGUACUACAUGUUUUUCCUCCUUCAGAAUGGGAGGCUGCAUCUCUUCCGCCGCGAAAGCCGGCCGCGUCCUCUCCUCCCGGUUCAGCAGCCGCCGCCCGCCGCCGCCGCCGUACUCCGACUACAGCAAGACCCCGCGGAAGCUCGCCACGUUCCGCGCCGCCGCGGUGGUGAAGGACCCCACGGGGGACAACAUCCACGACAAGUACACUCUCCACAAGGAGCUCGGCCGCGGCGAGUUCGGCAUCACGUACGAGUGCGUCGAGAAGGAUUCCGGCGAGAAGUUCGCCUGCAAGACCAUCUCCAAGGCGAAGCUGCGGACGGAGAUCGACGUCGAGGACGUCCGGCGGGAAGUGGAGAUCAUGCGCCACCUGCCCAAGCACCGCAACAUCGUGGCGUUUAAGGAAGCGUACGAGGACAGGGAGAUGAUUUAUUUGGUGAUGGAGCUCUGCGAAGGCGGGGAGCUCUUUGAUCGGAUUGUGGCCAAAGGGCAUUACACCGAGAGAGCCGCCGUCAUGGUCACCAAGACCAUUUUGGAGGUCGUCAAGGUGUGCAACGAACAUGGAGUGAUUCACAGGGACUUGAAGCCGGAGAACUUCUUAUUCGCGGAUGCGUCUGAAAACUCCGACCUCAAGGCCAUCGAUUUCGGUCUUUCCAUAUUCUUUGAACGCGAUGAACGUUUCAAUGAGAUAGUUGGAAGCCCAUAUUACAUGGCUCCUGAGGUGCUUAGAAGGAAUUAUGGCCCAGAGAUUGAUGUUUGGAGCUCUGGUGUCAUUCUUUACAUCUUGCUUUGUGGGGUUCCUCCAUUUUGGGCAGAGACUGAAGAAGGAAUUGCACAAGCAAUUGUAAGGGGGCAUUUGGAUUUUUCAAGGGAUCCAUGGCCUAAGGUCUCUAAAGAAGCCAAAAGCCUAGUUAAGAGCAUGCUUGAUCAAAAUCCUAACUCUCGACUAACCAUCCAAGAAGUACUCGAGCAUCCGUGGAUGCAAAAUGCGAGCGAGGCACCGAAUGUGUCCCUAGGGGAGAAUGUAGGAGCAAGGAUUAGGCAGUUCUCUCUGAUGAAUAAGUUCAAAAAAAGAGUUCUUAGAGUGGUAGCAGAUAACUUACCCGACGAGCAAGUAAACCACAUAAGACAAUUAUUCCAAACGAUGGACGCCGACAAAAAUGGAGAUGUGUCAUUCGAGGAACUCAAAGACGGUCUUCUUAACACUGGCCAUGCUCUUCCUGAUCUCGAAGUCAAGAUGUUAAUGGACGCUGCGGAUUUCGACGGGAAUGGUACAUUGAGCUGGGACGAGUUCAUAGUGAUGUCGAUCCAUCUGAGGAAGAUUGCAAAUGACGAUAAUCUAGCUCGAGCGUUCAGCUACUUCGAUAAGAACAAGAGUGGUUACAUUGAGAUUGAUGAGCUGAGAGACGCCAUGAUUGAAGACCAUUCAGGCCCCAUCAACAUCGAGCAAGUGAUUAAAGACAUCAUGGUGGAUGUUGAUCUUGAUAAGGAUGGAAGAAUAAGUUAUGAAGAAUUCAAGGCAAUGAUGAAGAGUGGGAUGGAUUGGAAAAUGGCAUCUCGACAAUAUUCAAGGGCCAUGCUAAAUGCCCUAAGCAUCAAGUUACUAAAGGACAAAUCCUUGGCUCAAAUUAAGUAGUAGUGUUCAGAUUAAUCAUUGUCACUAAUCAAUUUGAAGAUCCCUUUUUUGUGUAUGUGCCAAUUUUAACCAAAUUAAGAGAAAUGUGUACCAUUUUUAACCAAUCAUGUUAUCAUAAACAUGCUUUCCUCUUUAUAAUGAUAUCAAAGUUAGUUCUCGGGAUAAAACUACGUUAGUAAUAUAUCGACACCAUGUGCAUCAAGUAGUAAUAUGAAAAUAAUCUAAGAAAAUAAUCUAAUAGUAUGGAAAGAUAACUACAAGAUAUUCAGUAUCACUAGCUCAACCAUUAUAUUUAACAAUCUCAAUUUUAAAAUGAAUGAAUUUACAUCUACAAACAUGAAAAAACUUCACAAGUGAAAAACUAACAAAGGGAAUUA